UGUUUGGCGCUUGGGCGAGGGCGCGCCGGUGCGCGCGCAGGAGGGAGGCCAGCCGGGCGGCCGUUGUCGGCUUCGACAGGAGGGGCGGUGAAGUCACCUGCGAGCGUCUGCGCCCGUCGCGCCCGGAUCGCGCCGGCCUCGCGGGGCCCCACACACCCUGCGAGGCUGGGGCCCGGGCACAGGCAGAGUCCGCGGCCGGAGUCGGCGACGAGGACGAGUCGCAGCCUCGGCGCCGCCGCCCGCGCCGGGCCGGGUUAUUAACAAAAAAUGGUGGAUCGUCUAGCAAACAGUGAAGCGAACACUAGAAGAAUAAGUAUAGUGGAGAACUGUUUUGGAGCAGCUGGUCAACCCUUAACCAUCCCUGGACGGGUUCUUAUUGGAGAGGGAGUAUUGACUAAGCUCUGCAGAAAGAAGCCUAAAGCAAGGCAGUUUUUCCUGUUUAAUGAUAUUCUUGUAUAUGGCAACAUUGUCAUCCAGAAGAAAAAAUACAACAAACAACACAUUAUUCCCUUGGAAAAUGUCACCAUCGAUUCCAUUAAAGAUGAAGGAGAAUUACGGAAUGGAUGGCUUAUUAAGACACCAACUAAAUCGUUUGCAGUGUAUGCUGCCACUGCCACCGAGAAGUCAGAGUGGAUGAACCACAUAAAUAAGUGUGUCACCGAUUUACUCUCCAAAAGUGGGAAGACACCGAGUAGUGAGCAUGCUGCUGUCUGGGUUCCUGACUCUGAGGCCACCGUGUGUAUGCGCUGUCAGAAAGCAAAGUUCACACCAGUUAAUCGGCGGCACCACUGCCGGAAAUGUGGCUUUGUUGUUUGUGGUCCGUGCUCUGAAAAGAGAUUUCUUCUUCCCAGCCAAUCUUCUAAGCCUGUGCGGAUAUGUGACUUCUGCUAUGACCUGCUUUCCACUGGGGACAUGGCCGCGUGUCAGCCAGCUAGAUCAGACUCUUACAGCCAGUCAUUGAAGUCUCCUCUAAAUGACGUAUCUGAUGAUGAUGACGACGAUGAUAGCAGUGACUAAGGACAUGUUUUGAAAUAUUUAAUUGGGUGUGACUACCUGAGAAUCAGCUUUGGGGGAAAUGUAAAAUUCUUAGCUCUCUCGAUUUUGCUGUAGCCAUGAGUUCACCUGAGGAGGUUUUGACCUCUGUGCCUCUGUAUCCUAUGGAAAGAGCCCCUCGCUCUCUGCUCCUCUGCACUCUCACAGGGACAGAUAUAUCUGAUAAAGUCUUGGCUUCUGUU